AAGCAUGAAAUCACUUUCAGUCUUGCUGUAAAUGGGAUGAGAAUAAAGAGGAAAGAAAAAGGAGAGAUAAUUGUUGCUGACUAUUUGGUUUUGGUUCAAUUAAAAAACUAUCUUGUUUUGUAUUAUCUCACUAACUAUUUUCUUCUUUAUUAUCUCACUUUCCCAUUGUUUUAUUUCUUGAAUAAAGAGAAAUGAACUCCACAUUCAACCCUGAAUAUUGCCGAUCAAGUGAGUUAAAAGCUUUUGAUGACACAAAAGCUGGUGUUAAAGGACUUGUUGAUGCUGGAAUUACCAAAAUCCCUCGCAUUUUUUAUCAAUCACCUGAUUCUUUAGAGAAAAAUUCACCUACUCCCGAUACCAAGUUCAGAUUUCCUGUCAUAGACCUUAAAGAUGUAGAAGAUGGUGCAGUUUCGCGCAAGGAGAUUGUUGACGGAGUACGAAAUGCAUCAGAGACUUGGGGAUUUUUUCAAGUUGUCAAUCAUGGGAUUCCUGCGAGUGUCCUUGAGGAGAUGAAGGAUGGGCUGCUUAAAUUUUUUGAGCAAGAUACUGAGCUGAAAAAGGGAUUUUACUCUCGUGAUUUAACUAAAAAGGUGGGUUACAACAGCAAUUUCGAUUUGUAUAGUGCACCAGCAGCUAAUUGGAGAGAUACAAUUGCUUUCCAAAUGGUCCCUGAUCCUCCAAAACCUGAAGAGAUGCCAGCUGCAUUCAGACAUAUAUUAGUCGAGUACAGCAAAGAAGUCAGGAAACUGGGAAGCGUACUAUUUGAUUUAUUAUCAGAAGCUCUUGGUCUGAAACCAAACCACUUGAAAGACAUGGAUUGUGAUAAGGGACUUUUUAUUUUGGGUCAUUACUAUCCAGCAUGCCCCGAGCCAGAAUUAACCUUAGGCACAAGCAAGCAUGCUGAUAAUGACUUCCUCACUGUGCUUCUCCAAGACGAUAUCGGUGGUCUCCAAGUUCUGCAUCAGAAUCAGUGGACUGAUGUUCCUCCCACGCCUGGCGCUCUAGUGGUUAACAUUGGGGAUCUUCUACAGCUUAUAUCAAAUGACAAAUUUAUAAGUGCUGAGCAUAGAGUUCUGGCAAACUAUAAAGGACCAAGAGUAUCUGUGGCAUGCUUUUUUAGCACAGCUUUAUUUCCUGUAUCAAGACUUUAUGGACCAAUCAAGGAGUUGUUAUCAGAGGAGAAUCCUCCCAAGUACAGAGAAACUACAGUGAAAGAAUUUGUUUCCCACUUCAAUGCAAAAGGCCUUGAUGGAACUUCUGCUCUGCUGCAUUUCAAGCUGUGAAAACUAGUAAUGAGAAAAAGGAGUUAGCACCGCAAUUUGAUGAACAUGUAAACUGAAAAAUCUGAAUGAUUUUUUUCUUUUAACAAUACCUGAAUAGUAUAUCAAUACAAAUCUACCUUUUAACAUA